UCCCAAAUUCCAAAUCCGAUAUAACCCGGGUUGUCUCCGAAUCAUGGUCAUGGCUUUAUCCACUCUAUCCUCAUCGUUCCUCCUCUCUCUUCUUCUUUUCUCGGCAACCCACGCCUUCGACCCCUGUUCUUCCUCCUCUUCCCCGUCGGCCGACUCGGAACUUUCGGUCUUCCACAUCUACGGCAAAUGUUCGCCAUUCUCCACACCCAAGCGCGAGUCCUGGGUCGACACGGUCAUCAACAUGGCUACCAAGGACCCGGAGCGAGUCACCUACCUAUCCAGUCUAGUGUCACGCAAGGCCACCUCGGUCCCCAUUGCUUCGGGUCAGCAAGCCAUGAACAUCGGCAACUAUGUGGUCCGAGUCAAAAUCGGCACCCCGGGUCAGGUCAUGUUCAUGGUCAUCGACACCAGCAACGACGCUGCCUGGGUACCAUGCUCCGGCUGUAGCGGCUGCUCCAACACCGUCUUCACCCCCAACACAUCUUCCACGUUCGGGUCCAUGGACUGCAAGAUGCCGGAAUGUGCUCAGGUCCGAGGCAUGUCUUGUCCCACCGCCGAUUCCAGCCCAUGCCUCUUUAACCAGACCUACGGCGGCGAUUCCUCCUUCUCCGCUACGCUCUCCCAAGACUCGCUGAGUCUGGCAACGGACGUUGUGCCCAACUUCGCUUUUGGAUGCAUCAAUGCCGUUUCUGGUGGGUCAGUUCCACCUCAAGGCUUACUGGGCCUGGGGCGUGGGUCCAUGUCAUUGCUCUCACAAACUCAGUCACUGUACUCGGGUGUAUUCUCCUACUGCUUUCCCAGCUUCAAGUCCUACUAUUUCUCAGGUUCAUUGAAACUAGGCCCAGUGGGUCAGCCGAAGAGCAUCAGGACCACACCCCUUCUCCGUAACCCACACAGGCCAUCAUUAUACUACGUCAAUCUCACCGGAAUCAGUGUAGGUAAGGUUCUGGUCCCGGUGGCGCCGGAGCUUCUGGCAUUUGAUCCAAACACCGGGGCAGGCACCAUAAUUGACUCGGGUACGGUUAUAACCCGAUUUGUACAACCCGUGUACACGGCCAUUCGAGAUGAAUUCCGGAAACAAAUAAAUGCACCCAUAUCGUCCCUCGGGGCAUUUGAUACUUGUUUUAAGACGACAUAUGAAGCCGAAAAGCCGGCGGUGACAUUGCAUUUUACGGGGAUGGACUUGACUCUGCCGACGGAGAACACAUUGAUACACAGCAGCGCCGGGUCGCUGACGUGCCUGGCCAUGGCAGCAGCUCCGAAUAAUGUGAACACGGUGUUGAACGUCAUAGCUAACCUGCAGCAGCAGAACCUUAGGGUUCUCUUUGAUGUCCCUAAUUCCCGCUUGGGAAUUGCUCGUGAACUCUGUAACUAGUCCUCUCUCUCUCUCUCUCUGGCCUUUUUUAGUCUUGGACUCUUUAGUGGGUGGGCCUGGGCCUGGGCCGGCUUUGUACUCUCUCUGUACUAGGUAAGCGUGUAUCUACAUUCUCCUCUGAACUCUGAAGAAGUAAUUUGUAAUUCCCAGUUUUUAUGAUAAAUUGUAAGGUAGAAGGCAAUAAAUUAAAGCUUUUGAAGAUGAUAGAUUCCGUAA